GCGGCGACGGCGGCCGCAGUGGAGCCACGGGGCGGGCUCAGUUCGGUGUGACGGCGGCCGCGGCGGCGGCCGCGACCAGGUUGGCAUCCUCAGCUGAGCAUGGUGGCAGCCUGCACCCUAGGCUCCCUAAUCUGGCACAGCCAGAAGAGCCACCAGCCUCGGGUGCCAAUGGCCCCCGAUGGAAGAGAGUGAGAGACCUGCCCCAACCCCACCGACCGAUGGGAGACUUAGUGGCUGAGUGACCUGAGACUACGCCACCAAAACCCUCCCACCAGUUGAUGAAUGGUAGACAGAGAUGAGUGGCCCUUGUCAGGGUUGUGGAAUAAUGGUGGGAAGCAAGGCAUGAGUGGCCCUGAUAGUCACCUGUGACUUCUGCUGGCGAUAGAGGUCCAAGUCCCCCAAGCCAACCCAGCGGACUCCCCAGCCCCUGCCCCAGCCAAUGGGGCCAGUGGAGCCCUGGGCAGCUGCCUGACCACCUAGACUUUGCCCCACCCAGCCAUGGCGGGUGCGGAGAGCUUCCAGUACCGCGCACUGUACCCGUUCCGCCGGGAGCGGCCGGAGGACCUGGAGCUGCUGCCCGGCGACGUGCUGGUGGUGAGCCGGGCAGCCCUGCAGGCGCUGGGUGUGGCAGAGGGCGGCGAGCGCUGCCCGCAGAACGUGGGCUGGAUGCCCGGCUUCAAUGAGCGCACACGGCAGCGAGGUGACUUCCCUGGCACCUAUGUGGAGUUCCUGGGGCCUGUGGCCCUGGCCCGGCCUGGCCCCCGCCCACGAGGCCCCCGCCCAUUGCCUGCCAGGCCCCGCGAUGGGCCCCCCGAGCCAGGCUGUACACUCCCUGACCUGCCUGAGCAGUUCUCCCCACCUGACGUAGCACCCCCACUUCUGGUGAAGCUCGUGGAAGCCACUGAGCGGACAGGGCUGGACUGCGAAUCCCACUACAGGCCGGACCUGCCCGCCCCACGCACAGACUGGUCCCUGAGCGACGUGGAUCAGUGGGACGCGGCAGCCCUGUCGGACGGCAUUAAAGGCUUCCUGCUGGCGCUGCCCGCACCCCUUGUGACACCCGAGGCUGCAGCCGAGGCACGCCGCGCGCUGCGGGAGGCCGCGGGGCCCGUGGGGCCGGCGCUGGAGCCCCCGACCCUGCCGCUGCACCGCGCGCUCACGCUGCGCUUCCUGCUCCAGCACCUGGGCCGGGUGGCCCGCCGCGCCCCUGCCCCGGGCCCCGCGGCCCGCGCCCUGGGCGCCACCUUCGGGCCGCUGCUGCUGCGUGCGUCGCCGCCGCUCUUGCCACUGCCACCACCGCCAGGGGGCGUGCCCGACGGCAGGGAGUCCACCCCCGACUUCCCAGCGCUGUUGGUGGAGAAGCUGCUUCAGGAGCAUUUGGAAGAGCAGGAGGUUGCACCCCCAGCGCUGCCGCCUAAACCUUCCAAGGCAAAGCCGGUUCCCACAGGCCUGGCCAAUGGGGGGAGCCCACCCUCCCUGCAGGAUGCCGAGUGGUACUGGGGGGACAUUUCCAGGGAGGAAGUGAAUGAGAAACUCCGGGACACGCCUGAUGGUACCUUCCUGGUCCGAGAUGCAUCCAGCAAGAUCCAGGGGGAGUACACGCUGACCCUCAGGAAAGGCGGGAACAACAAGCUGAUCAAGGUCUUCCACCGCGAUGGGCACUAUGGCUUUUCAGAGCCGCUCACAUUCUGCUCUGUCGUGGACCUCAUUACGCACUACCGCCAUGAGUCGCUGGCCCAGUACAAUGCCAAACUGGACACGCGACUCCUCUACCCUGUGUCCAAGUACCAGCAGGACCAGAUCGUCAAGGAGGACAGUGUGGAGGCAGUGGGUGCCCAACUCAAGGUCUACCACCAGCAGUACCAAGACAAGAGCCGCGAGUAUGACCAGCUCUACGAGGAAUACACACGGACCUCCCAGGAGCUGCAGAUGAAGCGUACAGCAAUUGAGGCCUUCAAUGAGACCAUCAAGAUCUUUGAGGAGCAGGGCCAGACACAAGAGAAGUGCAGCAAGGAAUAUCUGGAGCGCUUCCGACGUGAGGGCAACGAGAAGGAGAUGCAGAGGAUCCUGCUAAAUUCAGAGCGACUCAAGUCUCGAAUUGCCGAGAUCCACGAGAGCCGCACAAAGCUGGAGCAGCAGCUGCGGGCACAGGCCUCAGACAACCGGGAGAUCGACAAGCGCAUGAACAGCCUCAAGCCAGACCUCAUGCAGCUGCGCAAGAUCCGAGACCAGUACCUCGUGUGGCUCACCCAGAAAGGCGCCCGGCAGAAGAAAAUCAACGAGUGGUUGGGGAUCAAAAAUGAGACCGAGGACCAAUACUCGCUGAUGGAAGACGAGGAUGACCUGCCCCAUCACGAGGAGCGCACGUGGUAUGUGGGCAAGAUCAACCGCACACAGGCGGAGGAAAUGCUGAGCGGCAAGCGGGACGGCACCUUCCUCAUCCGCGAGAGCAGCCAGCGCGGCUGCUACGCCUGCUCUGUGGUGGUGGACGGUGACACCAAACACUGCGUCAUCUACCGCACGGCCACAGGCUUCGGUUUUGCAGAGCCCUACAACUUGUACGGGUCGCUGAAAGAGCUGGUGCUGCACUACCAGCACGCCUCGCUGGUGCAGCACAACGACGCGCUCACCGUCACGCUCGCCCACCCCGUGCGCGCCCCGGGCCCUGGCCCGCCGCCCGCAGCCCGCUGAGCACCCUGCGCCCAGCAGCGCCGGUAGGGACUGGAGGCCGCGGCGGGAGCCACAGGACGGACCGGCCACGUCCAGGGGUCUCCUUUCUGGCUCUGGCUCUUUUAGAUUUUCUCAGCCCCUCUUCUCCCUGCUUCUGUCUCUUACCUCUGUCUCUGUAUCUGCUUUUCUCUCCCCAUCUCACUCUUCUUGGUCUUUGUCUCUAUGUCUCUGUAUUGGGGGUCCUGCCUCCCCCCAAACCCCCACCUCAUUUCUCCCCCUCCCGUUGGAUCUGGCUGCCCCCGACCCUCUGCCCUCCCUUCUGCAGGCACCUGGGUUCCAGGAAGCCCCUCCUGGCUGCACCUGCCAUGUUUACAGAGGCCCCUGGGCUGCGUGGCCCCAGCCUGGGUGCCCCAAUUUUUAAGCCAUAGACCUGGAGUCAAGGCAGGAAGGAGCUUCGCUCGGCUGCUUCUAAGAACCUCGGCCGUGACAUCUGGGGCUGGGCGGGACCCGUCCCAUUGACCCCAACUUCCCGUUCAAACCCUGAAGUGAAACCCACUCCUGGAUUAUCCCCUCGAUGGGGCCGCCGCAAGAAGUCACUCCCCCCAAAAAAUAUUUGGAAACAAACUGGCUAGCUGGCCCCAGCGCCCCAGGAACUUAAUCUAUGCUGGUGCCUGUGCAGCAGCUGCCAUGUGACACUGCCCACUGCAGCUGUGUGUGACAGGGAUUCACAGCUUCUCCUUGAUCAUGUUGGGUUUUGAUUUUAUUUUUCCUUGACUGUAAAACCCUCCUUUCUCUCCUCCUUUGGGACGAGAGCCCCGGUUUUCUACACUGCCCUUGGUCCCCACACCGUCUUCCCGGCUAGGCUGGGAGGCGGGUUUUGUACGGUACGUUGUUAUUGAUAUGGAUAUAAAACAUUGAUCAUGGUGGAUGA